GCUUGACUAAACAGAGUGUUCUGCAUUAGUUCACUAGUAAAAAGAGCCUAGCUUAUUUAUUGCCAUCGCUACUCCUUCAUACAUCAGCCCUCAAUUUAUUUCCUAUUUAUAUUGUGUGUGUUAGUAUGGCAUCUAGCUCAAUGUCUUCACGUGGGUCCGGUUCAUGGACUGCCAAGCAGAACAAGGCCUUUGAGAAAGCUCUUGCUGUGUUUGACAAGGACACCCCUAAUCGCUGGCAUAAUGUUGCCAAGGCGGUUGGUGGCAAAACUGCAGAGGAAGUCAAGCAACAUUAUAUGGACCUUGUUGAGGAUGUCAACCACAUCGAGAAUGGUCGUGUUCCUUAUCCCAACUACAGGACCACUGGAGGGACAUAGCUAAGGAUCAGUGAAAGCAAGCACGAAAACGUACAAGUAUGAAAAAUAAAAAUGCAACGAUUAUCAACUUCGAUGCAAGCAGAUGUACCUAGCAAUUUGGGAUUCCUUGAUGUAAUUUACCUUCUCCUAUAUGUUGGCAGAAAAUCUCUCAUUUUCUUUUUAAUUUUUUCUUGUAAUUGUGUAUCACCAGUCCUAGAGUGAAGUCACAUACGAAUUGUGCUUCAUUUGUGAUUGGUGUGAUACAUAUGUUUGCUCAUUAUAAGAAUCUUUAAUUUUGGGUA